AUGGAGAAUAGAAACAACGUGACAGAGUUCAUUCUACUGGGACUAACACAGAAUCCAAAGAUGCAGAAAGUCAUAUUUGCAGUGUUUUUGGUUGUCUACUUCGUGUCUAUGGUAGGGAAUGUGCUCACCUUGGUCACCAUCACCACCAGUCCAUUACUGGGGUCUCCCAUGUACUUUUUCCUGGCUCAUCUCUCUUCUAUUGAUGUCUGCUAUUCCUCUGUCAAUACCCCUAAACUGAUUGUAGAUUUGCUCCGUGAAAAGAAAACCAGCUCUUUCAAUGAAUGCAUGACCCAAAUCUUUGGAGAGCAUUUAUUUGCAGGUGCUGACAUCAUUCUGCUGACUGCAAUGGCCUAUGACCGCUACGUGGCCAUCUGCAAGCCCUUGCACUACACGACCAUCAUGACCUGGCAGGUGUGUUGGUUGCUAGUGGGAGUGGCAUGGGCAGGAGGCUUUCUUCAUGCAACCAUUCAGAUCCUCUUCAUCUUCAGGUUACCCUUCUGUGGCCCUAAUGUCAUAGACCACUUUAUGUGUGAUCUGAAUCCUCUGCUCGAACUUGCCUGCACUGAUACGCACACUCUAGGGCUCUUUGUUGCUGCCAACAGUGGGUUCAUCUGUCUGUUGAUCUUCCUUCUCUUGAUUAGCUCCUAUACAGUCAUCCUGCUCUCUUUAAGGACACGGAGCUUGGAGGCGAGGCAAAAAGCCCUCUCCACCUGUGUCUCCCACAUCACGGUGAUCCUCUUAUUCUUUGUACCCAGCAUAUUUGUGUACAUGAGACCAGCGGCUACUUUCCCUAUUGAUAAAGGAGUUGCUAUAUUCUACACCAUCACAGCUCCCAUGUUAAAUCCAUUAAUCUAUACCUUGAGAAAUGACCAGAUGAAAAAUGCAAUUAGGAAAUUACUUAGUAGAAAAGUGAUAAAUAAAAUGUGCCUGGAGCCCAAUAUUCACUCAACUGAUGCAAAGAUCAAAAUGGAUAUUAUGAGUAAGGAAAACCUAUGUGGUGAAGAAAAAAAAAAAAAAAAAACAGUAGAAAUCAGAGCUUCUACAAGUACAGAAGAAGAAAUGGAUGGAAGAAAUAAUAGAAGAAUCUCACCUGGGACUUUGCAGCUUAUGGGAAAAGUUCUACAAAAUUGGAACUUAGUCUUACUAACUUUGUCUCUGUAUACAGAUUUAUAA